AUUCCUUCUUUUCAUUCUUGUAUUGUCAGACGAAACUUCAUUCUUCGCAUUCACUGACACGAGAGUGGUGAAUGUUUUGAAUAAUGAAAUGAUAAAUAAUUUCUUAGGAAUAAUGUAUCUAGAUCCAAAGACCAUCUACUUCCCCAGAAGACAUGUUAUUGUUCUUCUUGGAUGUUUCGGCUUGCUUGCAGUCUACACCAUGAGAAUCAAUCUUAGUGUAGCAAUAGUGGCCAUGACGAACCACAACCACACGAAAACAAUUCCUGAAAAUAGCACAAUCGAGGAAGUUCUAGAAUGCCCAAAUCUUGCUAGAAAUCAGUCUACAAAUGAAGUCCCUUCCUAUAAAGGAGAGAAAUACGACUGGAAUCCUAGAAUUCAAGGUAUAAUUCUUGGUGCAUACUAUCAAGGGUACGUUGUUACUCAGUUGCCAGGAGGCAUUCUGGCUGAAAAGUUUGGCGCCAAGUGGGUGUUUGGCGGUGGUGUAUUGGCAACAUCAAUAUUUUCCUUGUUAACUCCCCUGGCUGUCAGUUGGGGUACAACUGCUUUUAUUUGUGUUCGAGUUCUUCAAGGGUUUGCUGACGGUGUAACAGCACCCUCAAUCCAAAUCGCCAUAAGCAAAUGGUCACCAAAGAUGGAACGUAGCAGAGCUUCAACAAUUAUUUUUUCUGGAGUCAUGGCUGGUGAAGUUAUAGCUAUGACACUCUCUGGAGUGUUAUGCGGCUUAGAUACAUUUGGUGGAUGGCCAUCUGUUUUUUAUCUGUUUGGGGGAAUGGGUGUCCUGUGGUGUAUUUGUUGGUUUCUUUUUAUGUAUGAAACACCAGAUAUACAUCCAAGCAUCUCCAAGGAAGAGCUGUUUUAUAUUGAAGACAAUCAAGACGUGCAAUCAGAAAAGAACAUCUCGAUCCCAUGGAAAGAAAUGAUGUUAUCCGCACCUGUAUGGGCAUUUACUUUUGCUGUGAUAGGACAUAGUUUCGGUUACAUCAUGUUGAUGACAGAGUUGCCAACGUAUCUACAUACAAUUCUUCGUUACGAUUUGACAUCGAAUGGAAUCCUGUGUGCAAUUCCCUUUAUUCUACAAUUGGUUGUUUCAUGGAUUGCAUCAUGGGCUGCUGAUAAACUAAGGACGACAAACAAGUUUUCCAUCACAUUCAUUCGAAAAUUAUUCAAUACUAUAGGUAUGUCGGGACCACCCAUUUGUUUACUAGCCGUGACGCAAUCUGGUUGUCGCCCUGAACUCAUAGUUGCGUUAUUGUCAAUUGGAUUGGGAAUUGAUGGAUGCGUAUUUUCAGGUUAUAACAUAACCGCUGUUGAUAUGACUCCUAACUUUUCUGGAACUAUUUAUGGCAUAGCAAAUACAAUCGGUAGCAUAUCUGGCGUUAUAGCGCCAAUGGUGGUAGCCUAUUUCCUACAUGGUGGAAACACAACAGCAAAUUGGAGCAAAAUAUUCUACACUACUGUGGCUAUUUAUUUCAUUUGUUCAGCCGCAUUUCUUGCUUUUGGAUCUGCUGAAUUGCAACAGUGGAAUUCAGGAAAAAUAGAAGAAAAGAAGGAAAAGGACAAAGAAACAAAUAUCUCGAAUCCUGUUAUAAAUCAUAGAAUAUCAAUUUCAGAAACGUUCAAGUGCUGAUGACUGUAUUGUGAUACUUGAUUGAGUUGCCUACUUGUGGAUCCCUACUUCAUCAGCAUAGUUGCCAACCCAGAAGUCCAAGAUUCUCUGAAUAUUUUUAAAUAAGAACCAAAUAACAAUAAAGUUAAAAUCAAAUAAUUUUGUUCGCACUUACAAACUUUUUAAAAUUAAUAAGUUUUGUAUAUAUAUUUAAGUUGUUUGUAUUUAGUGGAAAAAAUCAUUCUAAAUUUAAUUUAAUAAUUCAGUAAUGAAGUGUUAAAUCAGGAAUUUAACUACCAAUCUAAAAUUCUUAAAUAAAAACGUUUCGAAAAAUUAAUACAAGUUGAGAUAUAUGUAGCAGUCAACUUAUGAAGAAGGUUGAUUCAUUUUUUUUCAUUCCUCAUAUGAUGUUAUUCUUAUUUAUUCAAUGGAAGUUAUGUUGUUGUUUACAUAAGAUCACACUUUCUAGAUGCCAACUUGAUCCGCUUAGUAAAGAAAUAUUUUCUUGUGGUAACGAAAAUUAAAUGAAUUUUAGUGGAGGA